AAGAAUCACAGCCUUUCAUUGGUGGAAGACGACGAAAUACCCGGAUGUGACGGUGUUGUUGUUAUUAUUAAUUGCUCAGUCUCGCCAGAAAUAAACAUUUAUUUAUAUUCUUAGGAGGGUACAAUUAAUGUCGCGUUUACGAUUUAACCUUGUGUUUAACCGCUGUGAUAAUUUCAAUGAGAGCAUGAAUCACGGACCGUUUUUAGAACCAAGCUAAAUGACUGAACCGUUAUUCUACGUGGAGCUAAUUCAGAUAACAGCAGAGACUAGUCAGGGUUAUCUACGUAAAAGCUCUUAAGGUUCUUGGUUCGGUGUUUUAAGAGAGUAUCUUUUAUUCAGAGAUAUGCUGAAAUAGCAGUUAUGGAGGAAACUUGGAAGUUGAUCCUUUGUGGAGAGCUGUCCAAUUAGUGGGAGUUUGGACAUCUGUAUUGAUUAAAGGAACCUGAAAAAAAGAAUAUAGAGACUGAAUGGCUGAAACCCUGAUCUACUCUGACAUAUGAAGCCUGCAAACUGGGAUUAAGAAAUGAGGAUUUAAAUGGAGCGAGGAUGUCUAAAAUUAUGAAGGUUGAGACAGAUGAUCCUGGGGGGCUCAGUUUGGCAGCAUCCGCAUCACAACUGGAGCAGGCACAAGAUUGCAAAGAUCUCAUCCAUCAGAUAUUGGUGAUUAAAGAAGAAGAUCUCAUUGAUGGGAGCUCCAGUGUGGACCAGCAGGAGCAAGAAGUCCCUGAAAUAAAGCAGGAAAAGGAGGAGCUGGGGAUCAAUCAGGAGGAAAAGCAGCUUGAAGAGCAACCUCCGUCAUCAAAGAUUCAACCAAUCAAAACUGAAGAGAACAUAGAGACGGAAGUUUCAACCAGCCAUUCAGCUGAAUCUGUUGGAGAGGACUGUGGAGGACCAGAACCAGACAGGAACCCUGUGUCAUUAUAUUCUUACCAACACAGUAAGAUAAUGGUUCACAAAAGAGCUGAAACAUUUAAACUAAGUGCUAACCUUACAACUCAGAGUGAAGGCCACCAUGAAGAGAAACCAUUUGGUUGCAAUCUUUGUGGCAAAAGAUUUAAACUCAAACACUCUGUGAAAUUACAUAUGAUGAUUCACAGCGGAAAGAAAGAACAUAGAUGUGAUAUCUGUUCUAAAGAAUUUUUGGAAAAGCAUUCUCUUCAGACACACAUGAGAGUCCAUACUGGGGAGAGGCCAUUUUCCUGUCACGUUUGUGGUUCAAGAUACACACUUAAGACAUCCCUUAAAAAGCACAUGAGUAUUCACUCCAGACAAAAAAAACUAGUUUGUUCUAUUUGUAGCAAAGAGUUUGCACAACAGCAAAAUCUAAAGAAGCAUAUGCAUGCUCACACAGGACAGAAACCAUUUAUUUGUGGUAUUUGUAGCAAAGGGUUUUCAUUUUCACACAGUUUAAAGUGUCACAUGCGAGUUCACACAGGAGAGAAACCCUUUAUUUGUUGCAUUUGUGCUAAAGGAUUUUCACUCGCAUUCCGUCUAAAACUGCACAUGCUUGUUCACACGGGAGAGAAACCUUUCACUUGUGUUGUUUGUAGUAAAAGAUUUUCACAGAAAGUUAAACUAACGAAGCACAUGCGGGUUCACACCGGAGAGAAACCCUACAUUUGUAGCAUUUGUAGCAAACAGUUUUCACAGCACUGGAAUCUAAAGAGACACAUGUUUGUCCAUACAGGGGAGAAACCUUAUAUUUGUAGUGUGUGUAGUAAAAGAUUUUUACAACAUUUAGACCUGAAGAGGCACAUGUGUGUUCACAUGGGAGAAUCCUUAUGAUUGCAUAAAAACAAAAUAAAUAUGUUGUUUACAAAAGGUUAUAUAGAUGAUAAUUUUUCCUGGUGAAGUACUAAUUAGAUAUUUCAUAAAAUAGGAUGAGGAUGGUUGUUUUAUUCAAUAACUGUUUCUGUCACCACGGCUAGAGAUUUAUCAUAAAGUACAGGUUCUGUUGCUUGUAGUAAAUUGUUUAUAUUAAAUUCAGAACGCCAAAUUCUCUGCCCUUUGAGCUUUAAAUGAUGCCUUUAAGGAUGCAGAAAGACUGGAUAAUUUUUUACCUGUUGGAAGAAAAGUUUUCAUAAAACUGUUUUGAAUAAGCUCUGAUUAUUUGAAAUACAACCUGAUCAAAAGAAGUGCAUUAUUUUCAAAGUGGUAUUAGUCAUUCUCUUUUUUUCAUCAAAUGAGUUAGCAAACCUGAGUUAAGCUAAAUUAUUUGCUAAUAAUCGUUUGUCGUUUUUAAUCUUUGUAAUGUUUUUCUCUACAAAAGAAUAAUAAUGGUUUUCGUAGUAGUUGUAGUAGUAGUAGUAGUAGUUGAUUGCUUUUUGUGUAUAGUAUCUUUAUUCAGAGACAUGCUGAAAUAGCAGUUAUAGAGGAUACUUGGAUGUUAAUCCUUUGUUGAGAGAUGUCCAGUCACUGGGAGUUUGGACGUCUAUAUUAAUGAAAGGUAUUGUAUGAUUGUGGUUAAAUUUAAUGUUCAGUAAAUUAUUAAAUUGCUAGAAAUAUUUAACUACUGCUUUCUAAUGUUAUUUUUUAAAUAAACAAACGCUUUUUUAAAGCUAUUUAAAAAAACAACAAUAUUCUGUUGUGAAAAACAGUACUUCUGAUACUUCUGAUUGAUGUAAAGAUGUCAGCAUGAUGCAACAUGAUUGUCGUCCUAAAAAUUAUGUUUGAAAACAAUUUUUAAAAAUGAAUGAUUUGCAUAAACAUUGUAAUUAGAUGACUGAUGUUGAAAUAAAGAAAUAUAAACACA